AUGACGAUGGAGGCGGACGGUGGAUCAGCUCACUCACCGCCGGCACCGGCGGGGAUGAAAGUACCGACUGAGGGAACGACGGCGGAGUUCAAGGGAAUUCGUGGGUCGAUGUUACAUACAAUUUUGGCGCUGAUACUUUGGCUUGGUUCUGUCCAUUUCAACGCUCUCAUUGUUUUGGCUUCCUUCGUCUUCCUCCCUUUCUCCAAAGCCAUCUUGGUGAUAGGAUUGUUGAUGAUCUUAAUGGUGCUGCCCAUUGAUGAAAGGAGCAAAUGGGGUCGGAAAUUGUCUAGGUACAUAUGUAAGCAUGCUUGUGGGUAUUUUCCAGUUAGUCUUUAUGUGGAAGACUAUAAAGCCUUUGAUCCGAAUGAGGCGUACGUUUUUGGCUAUGAGCCGCAUUCUGUCUGGCCAAUUGGUGUAGUUGCACUUGCUGACCUUACAGGGUUUAUGCCUCUUCCCAAGAUCAAGGUUCUUGCAAGCACUGCCGUUUUUUACACACCUCUCCUGCGACAUAUAUGGACAUGGUUGGGACUUACACCAGCGACAAGGAAGAAUUUUUAUUCUCUUUUGGAAUCUGGAUAUAGUUGUAUUGUAGUGCCAGGAGGUGUUCAAGAGGCAUACUAUAUGGAGCAUGGAUCGGAGAUUGCAUUCAUCAAGAAUAGGAGAGGAUUUGUGCGGAUUGCUAUGGAAUUGGGAAAACCUUUAGUUCCAGUUUUUUGCUUUGGACAGUCGGAGGUCUACAACUGGUGGAAGCCCGGCGGAAAGUUGUUCUUGGAGUUCUCUAGGGCUAUAAAGUUCACACCUAUCGUUUUCUGGGGUGUUCUUGGGUCCCCUCUUCCCCUGAGGCGCCCAAUGCAUGUUGUAGUUGGGAAACCUAUCCUGGUCAAGAAAAAUUCCCAACCCACUGCAGAGGAGGUUGCUGAAGUACAUAGCCAAUUCGUUGAAGCACUCGAUGAUCUCUUUGAAAGGCACAAAAGAAGAGUUGGUUAUCCUGAUCUGCAAUUGAGACUACUUUAG